AUGAUGACAACACAUAUCCUUUUGAAACAAGAUAAACAACUACCAAGUAUACUGAAUCAACAGUCUACGUCUCAUAGAGGUAAUAUGAAGAGCGAAAAACAGACAUCGAGCACUACAAAUAUCACAACAACCCAGGGUUUCCUCAAUGUUGCUAUCGUUGUCUUUAUCGUGACCACAUUCAAGUAUAUUGUUGAGACAAUUUAUGAUUGUUUAUUAAAGAAAUCUUCGUUAGUUAUUGUCCCAAAUGUCUCCACCGAUCACUCAACAAGAAAUGUGAAGGAGAUUUCGCACAUUGAAGAAGAAGAAGAAGAGGAGGAGAAGGAGGAGAAGGAGGAGAAGAAGGAGCACAAGAACGAUUUGUUUCCUUCGAUGAAUGUCAGCAAUGACCCCGAGUCCAUUAAAGAAGAAAUGGUUGAAGAGUGCUUGGUACCAACAAGUUGUUCCAUGGGACUUACUACUAGACUAUUACCGGUAAAGAAUGCAAAUGGAGAAUUAGAAUGGGUUUUCACUGAAGAUGACUCUAUGUUAAAUAAAGGUACAGAAUUGGAUGUAUUCAAGAUCCCACAACCACAAAGCCACAAGUUGAAAGAUAAUAGCAAUGAACUUUCUCCAACUAUGUCAAACUCAUCCAAUGAAACCACUUUAUCAGCAAAAUUAGAAUUCAACAAUGCCCAAAGCAAAGAACAGUCUGUUUCACCAAAUGGAUCAUCUCAUGGAUCAUCUUCACCAUAUAUGGAAGAAGAAGAAGGUGAGGAGCAUGAGCAUGAACAUGAUUAUGAGCAAGAUGUAAAUGGAGAAAAAUUAUUUCAAUGCCCUCAUUGUGAUGCCAGUUUUAAAAUUAGAGGUUAUCUAACAAGGCAUUUGAAAAAACACUCCACUAGUAAAGCUUACUCAUGUCCUUUCCACACUCAAAGUAUAUAUAAAGAUGAAAACAACAUUACGCACAAAUGUCAUCCUACUGGUGGAUUUUCAAGAAGAGACACUUACAAAACACAUUUAAAAUCAAGACAUUUCAAGUACCCCAAGGGAAUCAAGACGAAAAAUAGAGGAAAUAGUGAAGGACAUUGUUCAAUGUGUGGAGAAUAUUUUAAUAGUGCCGAAAUUUGGUGUGAAAUACAUGUUGAAGGGGGUGAAUGUAAAUUCUUACCACAAGAUUAUAAAGGCAAAUCAAGAAUUAAGAAUAGAUUGAGAAAGAAGUUACAGAAAAAUGAAGAAAUUACUGACCCUGAACUAUUACCAUUUGCUUCAAAACUACUUGAAGAAGUUAAAGAACAAAGAAUGCAAAAAAGAUUAGCUAAAAAGGAAAAGAAAAAGAAGAGUCUCAAGAGACAAGUACAACAACAGCACCACCUUCGUCAUGAUGUUGCCAACAAUCUCAAUUACCACCAUCAUUUGAAUGCACCAGUGUCAACAUCACCACCACAAAAUAUAGAUACACCAGGUUCAAUAACAUCCUCAUCACAAUAUGAAACAUCUUCGAUACAUUCACCAUUUACGCCACAAACUUCAAGAUCACCAUUAAGUUUAAUGACGAAUAAUUAUGUCAAAGAAGACCAAUCCCAGGCACAUGCCUCUUAUGCUCAUGUUCCCAUAAAUCAUCAUCAAGAUCAAUACCAAUAUCAACCACAAUACAAUCCAGCACCAUAUCAAUUUGAUCAAAUCACUAUGACUCACACAGCCCCAAAACAGACGAUGAAGGAAGAUUAUGAUGAUGAUUUUUGUCUUGAUGUUGAUCAAUUGAGUCCUCAAUCAACGCGACAAUUUAACGAAAUGGUUCAAAUUAUUAAAUUGCAACAACAACAGGAGAAUAUACAGGAGCAAGCGUUUUAUCAACAGCUGCAACAGCAUCAUUUCCAAGCAGUGCAAGGUCUAGGAAGUCAGUACAUGAAUUAG